AUGAACGAUCGCGACCUUUUGUCCUGGCUCGCUGCGAUUCCAUCCCACCACCUUGCGCCGCUGCCCGACAAGCGCAAACGCAAACGCGCCGCCGCGCCCCCGACGCCGCCGCCCGACAGUUCCAGUUCCAGCACCAGUUCCGCCCAUAUAACGAGUACGCCCGCCAAACGCCCCGCCAUCCACGUUGACGACGACAUCGACCAGACCCCGAGACCCGCACGAUCCCGGCCGGCCGAAGAAUCUCUGACUUCGACACCCUCCAAGAGAAGCAGGACGAGCCAGAGCAGUUUCGCGUCCGGGAGCAAGAGGAUAAGGGAAGCGGAAUCCAAUGGAAAUUUGUGCUCCCAAUCCUUCUCCAGGGACGACACGGACGCCCUCCCAAAGGCUCUGCGCACUUUGCAAACCGAUUUGGAAUGCGCCUGCGUCGGAGCCCCCAUCAUCUCCUCUUCUCGGAAACACGAGAUUUCGGCUGCGGGCGCGCUUGGCAAGAGCAUUAGGGACUUUCAUUUCCUCCCUCCAGAUUCGGGACAAGUGGAGUCGCCGACUUUCCGAGAUGUUUGCAAAUACCAGAAAAGGGCUACGAUAUACAACGACGACAGGUUCGAGAAAGCGGCCUGGUCUGCGUGUAUCAUCAUACAUUUGCUUAAACUGGCAAUCUCGGACAUUAAGGAGUUGGCUAUAAUCCCUUGGUUAUUACAUCAGACUAAUUCUCUUUCCGCGACUGGUAACACCACGGCAAAAGUGGCAGACAAGGACUUGCUACCGCGGGGCUAUUCCAAUUGCAAAAUGGUGGACAUCUGCCUUGCCCUCGAGCCUUCACACGUGCCCAAAACUCUCAGCGCGGUAAGGCGGGUACAGCAUCUUGCGCCUUCAAAAACCAUUAACCACACAGAUUACCAUCCUCUAUCAUACCGCCCAAUCGGCCUAAACAUCGAACUUAAACGCCCGAGCGGCAGUACGGUGGAAGCCGUGGAGCAGCUGGCAGUGUGGCAAUACGCACAGUGGAAGAUACUGGAGAUUUUGGCCAUGAAUCCGGACGACAACCAGCCUUUAGCACUGGAAGGACUUGACUUUCUCCCAGGAAUCAGCAUUAUCGGCCACGAAUAG